AUGUUCCAAACUCUACAACAAAUGCUUGUGCUGAUUCUCCUUCUCGUAACAACGACAGUGCAUGGAUCAAAUGCCCAUGAAAGAAAGGCAUACAUUGUCUACAUGGGAGAGCUGCCGGAGGCGGAAACUUCUGUCAUGGACGACCACCACAACCUGCUUUUGACGGCAAUUGGAGAUCAGAAAGUAGCUAGAGAAUCCAAAAUAUAUAGCUACAAAAAGAGCUUCAAUGGGUUCGCAGCCAGGCUAUUGCCCCACGAAGUAAAGAGAAUAUCAGAUGAAGAGGGAGUGGUAUCGGUGUUUCCAAACACAUUGCUCAAGCUUCAUACGACAAGAUCAUGGGAUUUCUUAGGAAUGCGAAAAACAUUUAGAGGAGGAAACCGCAAAGUAGAGAGCGAUAUCAUUGUUGGCCUCUUGGAUACAGGAAUUUGGGUAGGUGCUCCCAGUUUCAGCGACAAAGGCUAUGGGCCUGUUCCAGCUAAAUGGAAGGGAAAAUGUGUUACGGGUGGCAACUUCACUGGCUGCAACAGAAAGGUGAUAGGUGCAAGGUACUCCAAUCUAGAGAACCAAGAUCCUGGUACGGUGAAUCUUAGUCCAGCCGAUGACGAUGGCCAUGGCACUCACACUUCCUCCACUUUAGCCGGAGUACAUGUUAGGGGAGCCAGCCUCUACGGCAUAGCUAAAGGCACGGCACGUGGUGGCGUACCAUCGGCGCGCAUUGCUAUGUACAAAGUAUGCUGGACCAUGGGUUGCAGCGACAUGGAUCUCUUGGCAGGGUUUGAUGAUGCCAUUGCUGAUGGGGUCGACUUGAUAUCGGUCUCUAUAGGUGGCCCCUCCAGGAACCUUUUUGAGGACCCGAUUGCCAUUGGAGCUUUUCAUGCCAUGAAGAAGGGGAUUCUGACUUCAUGCUCUGCUGGAAAUGAUGGGCCCUACACUUCAACGGUCCAAAAUAUUGCUCCGUGGAUCAUGACCGUUGCUGCCAGUGGCAUUGAUAGGCAGUUCAGGACGGUGGCCACUCUCGGUUCCGGCAAGAGAUUUUUUGGAAUUGCGAUUAACACAUUUUCACCGAAGAGAAAGAUGUACCCUUUAACCAGUGGAACCCUUGCAGCUAACAGUAGUGGAGAUACCUUUGGGAAUGCCAGUGCUUGUGACUAUGGGACUAUAAGCAUGGAUAAGGUGAAGGGAAAUAUCGUGUUCUGCAUGGGAAACAGCGGCCAGGAUUACACCAUCAAAGAGUUGGGUGGUGCUGGGGCAAUCAUGGCACUUGAUGAACGGACAGAUAUAGCUUUCACCACUCUUGUCCCCGGGACCUUUGUCCUCCCCAUCGAUGGCAUAAGGAUUGAACACUACAUUAAUUCUACCAAAAACCCUCAGGCUGUAAUAGAAAAGACCAAAACUUAUAACAUUAGUGCUCCCUUUGUGGCUUCUUUCUCGUCCAGAGGUCCUCCAUCAAUCGCCCUCAACAUCCUUAAGCCUGAUAUCGCUGCACCAGGGCUAGACAUAUUAGCUGCUUAUUCAAGACUGGCAACAAUAACAGGGGAUCCAACUGAUAAGCGGCAUGCUUUAUUCAACAUAAUAUCAGGAACAUCUAUGGCUUGCCCUCAUGCUGCAGCAGCUGCUGCCUAUGUCAAGUCCUUCCACCCUGACUGGUCACCUGCUGCAAUCAAGUCUGCUAUCAUGACUACUGCCACACCUAUGAAAAUCAAAGAAGUGGAGGCCGAGCUGGGCUCUGGAUCAGGACAGAUAAACCCAAUAAAGGCAGCACACCCUGGACUAGUCUAUGACAUUUCCAUCAGCUCCUAUAUCAGAUUCCUAUGCAAACAAGGCUACAACGGCACGUCCAUUGGGCUAAUUGCUGGGGGCCACAAGAAAUAUGACUGCUCCAAGUUUCAGCCUGCACAAGGCACUGAUGGCCUCAAUUACCCUAAUCUGCAUACCCAGCUCAAGAAAAACAGUUCCAGAAUUCUCGCCACCUUCCACCGGACUGUGACCAACGUAGGGCACGAUAAGUCGGUGUACAAGGUGAAGGUGACAUCACCAAGAAGUCUUUCUAUCAGGGUUUUCCCAGAAACUUUGAAGUUCAACAGCUUGCACCAAAAGAUGUCUUUCAAGGUUGUGGUGAAGGGCGGUUUAAAGCGGAAUGAGACUCAAAUAAUAUCGGCUUUACUAGAGUGGAAAGACUUCAAGCAUAGUGUGAAGAGCCAUAUCCUUAUUUAUAGGCCAUUAGAGUAGGUCUACUUCGGUUCUAUUCAUGCUUCUUGUAGGCUUGUAGCCAAUUUCUUCACCUUCUAUUGUCAGUUGCUUGGUAGUUUUCCAAGUGGUUCAAUCUUUGUUGUGCGGUU